AUGGUUGGCAACGGAGGAGCAGAGGUAGCUGCGGGUUUGCAAGAGCUCAUCAAUCACCCUCCGUCACCUGCUACGUUCGGCGAUUUACGAGUAUCCCUCGAUUAUAGGGUAAUCGAUGUAGCCACCUCUUACAUUGUAGCAUGCACGAAGUUUUCCCUUGGCUCAACUUUCGACACUGCCAGCCCCCGCCUCACCAGAUUCAUUCGGCUCUACGCCGAUCACAUGUCGAUUGCAAAUGACCUUGCUUCUUUCGAAAGGGAGAAAAGAGCCUAUGCUAACGGCAAGGCACAAUACCUGUUGAAUACAGUAGAGGAGGUCCGCAAGAUGUGUUCUCUUGACAACGACGAAGCUGCCAAAUUUGCCACACUGGCUAUCCAGAUGGAAGUGGAACGCAAAAUGGCAAGAGAACUCUCGCGUCUGGAUGCCGACGGUGAGACUUCGAAAACGGAGAGGGAAUUCCUGAGUGCGCUAGUGUUCCUUGCUGGGGGAAACGUAAUGUGCUCAAUUAUAAUGUCGCGAUACGGGGGUAAACAGAGUGCCGUUUAG